AUGAACAGCGUUACAAAAACAGGUUCAUCUUCAACAAACUCAACAGGUUCAGCACUGGUUACAAGCAAACUGCUGUUCAACUCCACAUCUCAAGUCCCUAGCGAAGCUCUGGUCCUCAGUGUUAUCAGCACUCUUCUGAACUCCAGAGAGUCAAAGCUCAACGAAUCAGUGAAGCUGGUGAAUGUGAGCUAUGAGAAAAUCUCAGAAACCUCCUAUCUGGUCACCUUUACAUUUAACCUAAUAAACAUAAGCAUGCCAGAGGACCCUGAGCUCAGUAGCAACACCUACCAGCGAGUGCAGGAUAUUACCAAUAAUGCGCUGAACACUCUUCUGAAUGAGCCUGAAAGUCAAGUUUUUGAACCCAAGUCUUACAAUUUCACGACCACAUCAAACCACAUUGAGGGCAUUGUGGAAUAUACCUUCCAGGAUGGAAAUGUCAUAAAACCAGUCAGCUUUCUAAAUGAGCUUGGUAAACUGAUGGGUUUGAACACUACAACUGUGUCUCCACUGACAACAAGCAGCUUCCCUGUGACUCCUCUAAACCAAGUAUCUGGUUCUGCAUUGGUGACAAGCAAACUGCUGUUCAACUCCUCGUCUCCAGUCCCCAGCAAAGCUCUGGUCCUCAAUGUUAUCAGCACACUUCUGAACUCCAGAGAGUCACAGCUCAAUGAAUCAGUGAAGCUGGUGAAUGUGAGCUAUGAGAAAAUCUCGGAAACCUCCUAUUUGGUCAUCUUUACAUUUAACCUAAUAAACAUCAGCAUGCCAGAGGACCCUGAGCUCAGAAGCAACACCUACCAGCGAGUGCAGGAUAUUAUCAAUAAUGCGCUGAACACUCUUCUGAAUAAGCCUGAAAGUCAAGUUUUUGAACCCAAGUCCUCCAAUUUCACGACUACACUAAACCACAUUGAGGGCAUUGUGGAAUAUACCUUCCAGGAUGGAGAUGUCAUAAAACCAGUCAGCUUUCUAAAUGAGCUUGGCAAACUGAUGGGUUUGAACACUACAACUGUGUCUCCACUGACAACAAGCAGCUUCCCUGUGACUCCUCUAAACCAAAUAUCUGGUUCUGCACUGGUGACAAGCAAACUGCUGUUCAACUCCUCGUCUCCAGUUCCCAGCAAAGCUUUGGUCCUCAGUGUUAUCAGCACUCUUCUGAACUCCAGAGAGUCACAUUUCAAUGAAUCAGUGAAGCUGAUGAAUGUGAGCUAUGAGAAAAUCUCAGAAACCUCCUAUCUGGUCACCUUUACAUUUAACCUAAUAAACAUCAGCAUGCCAGAGGACCCUGAGCUCAGAAGCAACACCUACCAGCGGGUGCAAGAUAUUAUCAAUAAUGCGCUGAACACUCUUCUGAAUAAGCCUGAAAGUCAAGUUUUUGAACCCAAGUCCUCCAAUUUCACGACCACAUCAAACCACAUUGAGGGCAUUGUGGAAUAUACCUUCCAGGAUGGAAAUGUCAUAAAACCAGUCAGCUUUCUAAAUGAGCUUGGUAAACUGAUGGGUUUGAACACUACGACUGUGUCUCCACUGACAAAAAGCAGCUUCCCUGUGACUCCUCUAAACCAAGUAUCUGGUUCUGCACUGGUGACAAGCAAACUGCUGUUCAACUCCUCGUCUCCAGUUCCCAGCAAAGCUUUGGUCCUCAGUGUUAUCAGCACUCUUCUGAACUCCAGAGAGUCACAUUUCAAUGAAUCAGUGAAGCUGGUGAAUGUGAGCUAUGAGAAAAUCUCAGAAACCUCCUAUCUGGUCACCUUUACAUUUAACCUAAUAAACAUCAGCAUGCCAGAGGACCCUGAGCUCAGAAGCAACACCUACCAGCGGGUGCAAGAUAUUAUCAAUAAUGCGCUGAACACUCUUCUGAAUAAGCCUGAAAGUCAAGUUUUUGAACCCAAGUCCUCCAAUUUCACGACCACACUAAACCACAUUGAGGGCAUUGUGGAAUAUACCUUCCAGGAUGGAGAUGUCAUAAAACCAGUCAGCUUUCUAAAUGAGCUUGGUAAACUGAUGGGUUUGAACACUACGACUGUGUCUCCACUGACAAAAAGCAGCUUCCCUGUGACUCCUCUAAACCAAGUAUCUGGUUCUGCACUGGUGACAAGCAAACUGCUGUUCAACUCCUCGUCUCCAGUUCCCAGCAAAGCUUUGGUCCUCAGUGUUAUCAGCACUCUUCUGAACUCCAGAGAGUCACAUUUCAAUGAAUCAGUGAAGCUGGUGAAUGUGAGCUAUGAGAAAAUCUCAGAAACCUCCUAUCUGGUCACCUUUACAUUUAACCUAAUAAACAUCAGCAUGCCAGAGGACCCUGAGCUCAGAAGCAACACCUACCAGCGGGUGCAAGAUAUUAUCAAUAAUGCGCUGAACACUCUUCUGAAUAAGCCUGAAAGUCAAGUUUUUGAGCCCAAGUCCUCCAAUUUCACGACCACAUCAAACCACAUUGAGGGCAUUGUGGAAUAUACCUUCCAGGAUGGAAAUGUCAUAAAACCAGUCAGCUUUCUAAAUGAGCUUGGUAAACUGAUGGGUUUGAACACUACAACUGUGUAUCCACUGACAACAAGCAGCUUCCCUGUGACUCCUCUAAACCAAGUAUCUGGUUCUGCACUGGUGACAAGCAAACUGCUGUUCAACUCCUCGUCUCCAGUUCCCAGCAAAGCUUUGGUCCUCAGUGUUAUCAGCACUCUUCUGAACUCCAGAGAGUCACAUUUCAAUGAAUCAGUGAAGCUGGUGAAUGUGAGCUAUGAGAAAAUCUCAGAAACCUCCUAUCUGGUCACCUUUACAUUUAACCUAAUAAACAUCAGCAUGCCAGAGGACACUGAGCUCAGAAGCAACACCAACCAGCGGGUGCAAGAUAUUAUCAAUAAUGCGCUGAACACUCUUCUGAAUAAGCCUGAAAGUCAAGUUUUUGAACCCAAGUCCUCCAAUUUCACGACCACACUAAACCACAUUGAGGGCAUUGUGGAAUAUACCUUCCAGGAUGGAGAUGUCAUAAAACCAGUCAGCUUUCUAAAUGAGCUUGGUAAACUGAUGGGUUUGAACACUACAACUGUGUAUCCACUGACAACAAGCAGCUUCCCUGUGACUCCUCUAAACCAAGUAUCUGGUUCUGCACUGGUGACAAGCAAACUGCUGUUCAACUCCUCGUCUCCAGUUCCCAGCAAAGCUUUGGUCCUCAGUGUUAUCAGCACUCUUCUGAACUCCAGAGAGUCACAUUUCAAUGAAUCAGUGAAGCUGGUGAAUGUGAGCUAUGAGAAAAUCUCAGAAACCUCCUAUCUGGUCACCUUUACAUUUAACCUAAUAAACAUCAGCAUGCCAGAGGACCCUGAGCUCAGAAGCAACACCUACCAGCGGGUGCAAGAUAUUAUCAAUAAUGCGCUGAACACUCUUCUGAAUAAGCCUGAAAGUCAAGUUUUUGAACCCAAGUCCUCCAAUUUCACGACCACAUCAAACCACAUUGAGGGCAUUGUGGAAUAUACCUUCCAGGAUGGAAAUGUCAUAAAACCAGUCAGCUUUCUAAAUGAGCUUGGUAAACUGAUGGGUUUGAACACUACGACUUUGUCUCCACUGACAAAAAGCAGCUUCACUGUGACUCCUCUAAACCAAGUAUCUGGUUCUGCACUGGUGACAAGCAAACUGCUGUUCAACUCCUCGUCUCCAGUUCCCAGCAAAGCUUUGGUCCUCAGUGUUAUCAGCACUCUUCUGAACUCCAGAGAGUCACAUUUCAAUGAAUCAGUGAAGCUGGUGAAUGUGAGCUAUGAGAAAAUCUCAGAAACCUCCUAUCUGGUCACCUUUACAUUUAACCUAAUAAACAUCAGCAUGCCAGAGGACCCUGAGCUCAGAAGCAACACCUACCAGCGGGUGCAAGAUAUUAUCAAUAAUGCGCUGAACACUCUUCUGAAUAAGCCUGAAAGUCAAGUUUUUGAGCCCAAGUCCUCCAAUUUCACGACCACAUCAAACCACAUUGAGGGCAUUGUGGAAUAUACCUUCCAGGAUGGAAAUGUCAUAAAACCAGUCAGCUUUCUAAAUGAGCUUGGUAAACUGAUGGGUUUGAACACUACGACUGUGUCUCCACUGACAACAAGCAGCUUCCCUGUGACUCCUCUAAACCAAGUAUCUGGUUCUGCACUGGUGACAAGCAAACUGCUGUUCAACUCCUCGUCUCCAGUUCCCAGCAAAGCUUUGGUCCUCAGUGUUAUCAGCACUCUUCUGAACUCCAGAGAGUCACAUUUCAAUGAAUCAGUGAAGCUGGUGAAUGUGAGCUAUGAGAAAAUCUCAGAAACCUCCUAUCUGGUCACCUUUACAUUUAACCUAAUAAACAUCAGCAUGCCAGAGGACCCUGAGCUCAGAAGCAACACCUACCAGCGGGUGCAAGAUAUUAUCAAUAAUGCGCUGAACACUCUUCUGAAUAAGCCUGAAAGUCAAGUUUUUGAGCCCAAGUCCUCCAAUUUCACGACCACAUCAAACCACAUUGAGGGCAUUGUGGAAUAUACCUUCCAGGAUGGAAAUGUCAUAAAACCAGUCAGCUUUCUAAAUGAGCUUGGUAAACUGAUGGGUUUGAACACUACAACUGUGUCUCCACUGACAACAAGCAGCUUCCCUGUGACUCCUCUAAACCAAGUAUCUGGUUCUGCACUGGUGACAAGCAAACUGCUGUUCAACUCCUCGUCUCCAGUUCCCAGCAAAGCUUUGGUCCUCAGUGUUAUCAGCACUCUUCUGAACUCCAGAGAGUCACAUUUCAAUGAAUCAGUGAAGCUGGUGAAUGUGAGCUAUGAGAAAAUCUCAGAAACCUCCUAUCUGGUCACCUUUACAUUUAACCUAAUAAACAUCAGCAUGCCAGAGGACCCUGAGCUCAGAAGCAACACCUACCAGCGGGUGCAAGAUAUUAUCAAUAAUGCGCUGAACACUCUUCUGAAUAAGCCUGAAAGUCAAGUUUUUGAACCCAAGUCCUCCAAUUUCACGACCACAUCAAACCACAUUGAGGGCAUUGUGGAAUAUACCUUCCAGGAUGGAAAUGUCAUAAAACCAGUCAGCUUUCUAAAUGAGCUUGGUAAACUGAUGGGUUUGAACACUACAACUGUGUAUCCACUGACAACAAGCAGCUUCCCUGUGACUCCUCUAAACCAAGUAUCUGGUUCUGCACUGGUGACAAGCAAACUGCUGUUCAACUCCUCGUCUCCAGUUCCCAGCAAAGCUUUGGUCCUCAGUGUUAUCAGCACUCUUCUGAACUCCAGAGAGUCACAUUUCAAUGAAUCAGUGAAGCUGGUGAAUGUGAGCUAUGAGAAAAUCUCAGAAACCUCCUAUCUGGUCACCUUUACAUUUAACCUAAUAAACAUCAGCAUGCCAGAGGACCCUGAGCUCAGAAGCAACACCUACCAGCGGGUGCAAGAUAUUAUCAAUAAUGCGCUGAACACUCUUCUGAAUAAGCCUGAAAGUCAAGUUUUUGAACCCAAGUCCUCCAAUUUCACGACCACAUCAAACCACAUUGAGGGCAUUGUGGAAUAUACCUUCCAGGAUGGAAAUGUCAUAAAACCAGUCAGCUUUCUAAAUGAGCUUGGUAAACUGAUGGGUUUGAACACUACGACUGUGUCUCCACUGACAAAAAGCAGCUUCCCUGUGACUCCUCUAAACCAAGUAUCUGGUUCUGCACUGGUGACAAGCAAACUGCUGUUCAACUCCUCGUCUCCAGUUCCCAGCAAAGCUUUGGUCCUCAGUGUUAUCAGCACUCUUCUGAACUCCAGAGAGUCACAUUUCAAUGAAUCAGUGAAGCUGGUGAAUGUGAGCUAUGAGAAAAUCUCAGAAACCUCCUAUCUGGUCACCUUUACAUUUAACCUAAUAAACAUCAGCAUGCCAGAGGACCCUGAGCUCAGAAGCAACACCUACCAGCGGGUGCAAGAUAUUAUCAAUAAUGCGCUGAACACUCUUCUGAAUAAGCCUGAAAGUCAAGUUUUUGAACCCAAGUCCUCCAAUUUCACGACCACAUCAAACCACAUUGAGGGCAUUGUGGAAUAUACCUUCCAGGAUGGAAAUGUCAUAAAACCAGUCAGCUUUCUAAAUGAGCUUGGUAAACUGAUGGGUUUGAACACUACGACUGUGUCUCCACUGACAAAAAGCAGCUUCCCUGUGACUCCUCUAAACCAAGUAUCUGGUUCUGCACUGGUGACAAGCAAACUGCUGUUCAACUCCUCGUCUCCAGUUCCCAGCAAAGCUUUGGUCCUCAGUGUUAUCAGCACUCUUCUGAACUCCAGAGAGUCACAUUUCAAUGAAUCAGUGAAGCUGGUGAAUGUGAGCUAUGAGAAAAUCUCAGAAACCUCCUAUCUGGUCACCUUUACAUUUAACCUAAUAAACAUCAGCAUGCCAGAGGACCCUGAGCUCAGAAGCAACACCUACCAGCGGGUGCAAGAUAUUAUCAAUAAUGCGCUGAACACUCUUCUGAAUAAGCCUGAAAGUCAAGUUUUUGAACCCAAGUCCUCCAAUUUCACCAGCACAUUAAACCUGAUUGAGGGCACUAUGGAAUAUAGCUUCCAGGAUGGAGAUCACAUACAACCAGUCAGCUUCUUAAAUGAGCUUCGUAUACUGAGGGGCCUAACCACAACCAAAACUCCUGUGACAAACACAAAUUCUCCACUGACUUUGGUUGGGAAGGCGAUUAUUUACAUUCGCCUCGUGUUCCUCACGCUGGGUCCUGUACCAAGUGAGAGUAAAGUUCUACAGGUGGCUAACUCUCAGCUUGAAUCACGUCUCAGAACUAAACAAGUUGUCACAACUAAAGGCCUGAGUGACCCUGUGAGCUUUGUUAAUGUCACCUUCCAGAGAAUUUCUAAUAACUCCUACGCUCUCAACUUUGGAUUUGAAAUCAACAAUGUCACGAUGACUGAGAAACUUGAACUCAGAGAUGAAACCUACACAUUAAUUCAAAACUCUAUUAACAAAUUGCUGAACCAGAUCCUAAGUUCCCCCUCAGCUACUCCGUUUGCUUUCAAACAAGCCAAUUUCACAGGUAAUUCCACAGUGAUUCAGGCCGAUGUGCAGUACGUUUUCUCAGAAAGUGACAUCCAGACACCCAGCAUCUUUCUCCAGGAACUCCUCAAAGUUAAUGGUGUUACCACACCCGCACCUGCUGUAACUUCUCCACCUACUGUGGUUGGGAAGGCGAUUAUUUACAUUCGCCUUGUGUUCAUCACCCUGGGUCCCAUACCAAGUGAGAGUAAAGUUCUAGAGUUGGCCAACUCUUUACUCGACUCACGUCUCAGAACUAAACGAUCUGUCUCAUCACAAACCCUGAGUGAUCCUGUGAGCUUUGUGAAUGUCACCUUUCAGAGAAUUUCUAAUACCUCUUACGCUCUCAAAUUUGGAUUUGAAAUCAGCAAUGUCACCAUGACUGAGAAACUUGAACUCAGAGAUGACACCUACACAUUAAUUCAAAACUCUAUUAAUAAAUUGCUGAAUCAGAUCCUAAGUUCCCCCUCAGCUACACCGUUUGUGUUCAAACGAGCCAAUUUCACGGGUAAUUCCACAGUGAUUCAGGCCGAUGUACAGUACAUUUUCUCAGAAAGCGACAUCCAGACACCCAGCAUCUUUCUCCAGGAACUCCUCAAAGUUAAUGGUGUUACCACACCCGCACCUGCUGUAACAGCCAACACUACAGUACCCAACAACGGUACUAGUGCAGCAUGGGUUGUUGCUAUCAUCGUCCCUUGUGCUAUCGCCAUUAUUCUAGUACCUUGCUGGAUUCUCCUUUGUUGUUUGCUCUGUGGUUGCUGUGCUGCAAUUAGAAGACGUUGGCACAGAAGACGGUCAUACAAUGUACAGUACACCACUCGAAACAGCCUCUUCUAGAGAAUUUUGAGACAUUCAGUGACAAACUGUACCUUGAUACUUUAAAAAUACUAAAAUGUAAAACAUUUUCUAUAUAUAAAAUGAACACAUUAAUAGGGGGAAAAAAUCCUGUACUGCUGGGCAUACAUGAUCUGUGAUAAAAAUAUGUAAUAAUUGUAUUAAGUACUAAUGAAGGAUUUAAUUUAUUUAAUAAUUAUAUUUUAUAACAUUAUUUUGUUGAUAUUGCUUUACAAAUAGUUUAUUUUAUGUACUUUUAAUUUAAUAGGACAAAUGUAGAAUUUGUUAAUGAUAACUUAUUUAUUCACACGUUUUAUGCACUUUAUCUACACAACUAAAACUAUUCUUGUAUUCUAUUCUAGCUAUAUAUACAGUAUACAGAAUAUAUAUAUAGAUAGAUCCCUAAUGAAACGUUCAUGUUCAAAAGCAUCAACAUUAAUGCAAGUUCUA